GACGGACAUGACACAAACAGACAAACAGCAUCUAACACAUGAACAAAACUGAAAUAAAAAAAACAGAAGCAUCAAUGAAACUCAGAAACCCCCUCAGAUCAUGACAUUACCAAGAUUUUCACAGCAAGUCUUCAAGAGUCAAUGAAUCUCUUCUUGAAAGUUGACCAAUCAAUGUUUGUUUUACCCAUUUGUCGCAUUGUUAUCCUUCUAAAUGGCCUUGGUAGUCCUUCAAAAACCUUUGGAAAAAGGAAGAAAAUCGCAUCUAAGAGAGCUUGGGCAGCUUUGCACAAAAGUGUUUAGAAGCACAUAAAAUGGAAACAAUAUUUAUAAAAAAAAUCUGAUGCAACCACACAAGGUGAAAAGAGUCACUGCAAAGCCACCAACUGGUUCAGUAAUGCCCAUUAUAUAGGUAGUUAUAUUGCAAUAUGGCAAAACCUGAUUUCAAACACAGGAAAAAUUCAUUGUCAUGCAUGAAGCGGUAAAAACUAAAAUUAUUAAAAAUGCAUUAAAAUUCAGAUAAUAUGGUUGAUUUAUGUGCAUCUCCCUUUUAAUUUUAGGUUUAAUAUUCAAAUAAAUAGAGACUCGCCAAGAGAGAGAGAGUGAGAGUGGGAAGCGGCUGCAGCAGCGACAACAGCUGGGUUAAAGAGUCAGUCACACAUCCACAUGCACCUGUAGAAUAGGGAUAUUGCCUGAGCUCUGAACAAAGGGGGUUUAUUCUUCUCUCCAAGUUCGCCUCGGAGUUACAGACACUUUUUUAAAACGAUGGCAGCAGCCUCGACAAACUCGGGACAGGGUUCCUCCAAAAUUACUCCCGAAGUGCUGCAGGAGAUGCUUCAGUUCUACAACCUGAGCCGCCGGGAGUUCAUCAACACUUACAACAUCCAGCCGCUCGUCUACAUCCCCGAGCUGCCGUACAGCGCCAAGACCACCUUCGUCAUCAUGUAUGUGGUGAUCUUCGUCCUGGCUCUGGCUGGAAACAGUCUGGUCAUCUACAUAGUUUUAAAGAAGCGGGCGAUCCAGACAGCCACGGAUAUCUUCAUCUGCUCCCUGGCAGUCAGCGACCUCCUCAUCACUUUCUUUUGCAUACCUUUCACUUUGUUGCAAAACAUCUCGUCUGAAUGGUUUGGAGGGGUUCUCGUUUGCAAGACGGUCCCUUUUGUGCAGACCACAGCCAUAGUGACCGGCAUCCUCACAAUGACCUGCAUCGCCAUUGAAAGAUACCAGGGCAUUGUCUUCCCUCUGAAAAUGAGGCAUCAGUACUCAUCCAGACGAGCAUACAAGAUGUUAGGGCUUGUAUGGAUUGCCUCGGUGAUUGUGGGUUCACCGAUGCUAUUUGUGCAACAACUAGAGGUGAAGUAUGACUUUCUGUACGAUCACUACCAUGUGUGCUGUCAGGAGAGUUGGACGUCUGUGACUUACAGGCAGGCGUACACCACCUUCAUCAUGGUGGCUUUGUUUCUACUUCCUCUGGCAGCUAUGCUGUUCCUCUACACACGCAUUGCUAUUGAGCUGUGGAUUCGCAAGAGGGUUGGCGAUGUUUCGGUCCUCAACACCAUGAACCACAGGGAGAUUGGUAAGAUCUCCAGGAAAAAGAAAAGAGCAGUUAAAAUGAUGGUCACGAUUGUCUUGCUUUUCACCAUUUGCUGGGCGCCUUUCCACACAGUCCACAUGCUAUUUGAGUACAAUGAUCUGGAGAAGAAGUAUGACGGUGUCACCCUGAACAUGAUCAUCGCCAUUGUUCAGGCCAUCGGGUUCUUUAACAGUUUUAACAAUCCAAUUGUUUAUGCCUUCAUGAACGAAAACUUCAAGAAGAGCUGCAUCUCCACCCUCUCAUACUGCCUCCGUAAACCGAACCACCAGGGUGCUGCCACGGUGCCUCCGAGAUUGAGUGUUCAGUUCAUCAAACCCCAAAGCAGAGAAGCCUUCAUGAAUGCAGACGGAGGCAACAGUUCGGAGCAGCGCUCUGCAGACAACAGUGCUUCAUGCUCAUCGCACAGAGAGAGCUCCCUGGGAAUUAUUGGAGAGAAAAUUUCAACCAUCUAAACUGAGUUCCCUCCGAACAGCUCCUCUCAAAUCAAAUAAGAUGUUAAGAUGCUUUCACUUUGGGAAUCUGCUGUUUUUAAUCAUCUGCUGCCAGAGGAUAACAGCAGCUUUGAGAGUGUGACAAAUACAAGAACUCAAGGCUCCACUGCUUUUCUGCAGUGCUUAAAGCAGUCAGGAGAACAGCAGGAAGAAUAUCAGGGUUUAUUAAAUAGAACGAAGGAAUUUUAAUGUAAAUAGACACAGCAACAGAAACAGUGCUGAGACACUGAGAUAACAGUUUGUGAUCGAAAUUGAGAAUUCACUUGUUCUUUAAAUGGAAUCUAAAACUUCA